UUUUGAUCAGUGGACAUGGCACGCCUAAGGGCCUGGCAGGUGGACCUGAAAAACCAGCUCCCUGAGAUUAUUACUCUCAGUGAGGAGCAGCAGGUGAGGGAGUGUGGAGCCUCUUCCAUUUCCUCCUUCUCUUUCAUAAACACUCAUUCCCACAGAAACAACGCACACACACACACAGAGGAAUCGCGUGUCUUACCUGCAGGACUUUACAUUCCACACCUGGAGGAGCUCACACACACACACACUCUCUCUCUCCCUCCCCAGACCUGUUGUGACUGUGGACUAUGCCCCCUUCAUUCAGCUGAGGGAGGGGGGCGCCGCACUGCUCAGGCUCCCAUCUGGAGACGGCUUGGGCUGAAAUCAAAGAGGAGGACGUUUAGGUUAUUGCUGAAGAUGCAAACUUCAACUGUAUCACCUGUGACCAACACUACGCUACCUCAAAACACCACCGCCGUCACAAAGUCCCAAGAACAAAUACUUAUACAGAGUUCUGGGGCUAUGAUUGCUGUCAUCGUCAUCGGUAUCAUCCUCAUUCUCGCCAUUCUACUCAUCAUCCUGAAGACAUACAACAGGUUUACACAUACAUCCAGAAUCCUGGGGUCCAACAGUGGCUCCAAACAACGUGGGAAGAUGUCACAAUCCACCGGUCAGAGCAACGUGCCGCUGAACGCCAUGGGAAUCAACUCGGUGGCGGAGGGCAUCACCACCUUGAGCCCUAUCUCAGAGAACGGCUUCCAGCUGCCCAGAGCAGAGUUGAGCAGCGUGGAGGGAAACCACCUGGAGCAGUUCAGCACCACCAGCAGCUCCACCGUGGUCACCAUACACGACUCGCCGCCACUGGAGAACACAUAGCACCAAGACUGUGGUCUGGUCUCACAGCAGGACUUGACUGGUGUGUCAUCUUCAUCCGUGAACACGUGCACGUGCUGUGUGUGCUGACUGAAUCCUGUGGACAAUCAACGUGUGACCUGUCGCGUUUGUGCUGUCACACUGUCUGCACAAACUGAGCCACUGCUGGUGACUACAUGGAUGACAGUGGUGUCAUUUUGAUGUCCAAAAUACACAUAAUGAACAAAAGCGUUCCAGACACAGACACGUCGGGUUGAAUGAAGGAUAUUGCAUGAAAGAGGAGGUUAUGAAGAGCUGCAUUUUUUGGGCUCAGUCAGUGUUCAGAGGAUAGAUGCCAUUAGGUUUCUUAUUGUUAGUACUUUUUGUUGAUGUUCCAACAAUGUUAAGUGUGUAUUAGGGAGUGGAACCGUGUAGGUUCUUGAGUAAAUGUAAAAUUAGUAUAGAAUAAAGACAGUAUGCCACAGAGGACAACCCAAUGUGUAAUGCUUACAAUUAUUUUAUUUCAUUUUUACCAUGUAGAGUGAAGAGAGCACAGUGAUAUUCUGUGACACUUCUGGUUGUCAGCCUAACAUACUGUUGUGAACCAUUUCUCAAAAAUACAACACCAAAGGAUUUUGCACUUUAUUUUCUUCCUGUAUUUGUAUUGUGUGUGGUUUCUUUAUUGAAUGGAAUUAUAUGAGAAUAAAUGUUGAAUAUUUCUUAA